ACCGCCCCCUCUGCUGUGAGUGACAGCUGUGUCUCCUCGGUCCCGUUAUCCGGUCAUGGAGUCUGUCCGUUCUCAGCGGUUGCAGCCGGGGGUCGGGCCCGGGAUGGCUGCCGGCACCCUGCGCUCUCUGCGGCCGGGCGUGACCGGGAGCUCGUUCCCCUCACCUCCGGCCUCGGCUCCUCUGCCCCCGCUAGGCCUGGGGGUCCCGGGGAGUGCGGGGAGCCCGGCCGUGCUGCGGGAGGCUGUGGAGGCGGUGGUGCGGAGCUUCGCCAAGCACACCCAGGGCUACGGGCGAGUGAACGUGGUGGAGGCGCUGCAGGAGUUCUGGCAGAUGAAGCAGACGCGGGGGGCGGAGCUGAAGAAUGGCGCUCUGGUGGUGUAUGAGAUGGUGCCGUCUAAUAGUCCGCCAUACGUCUGCUACGUCACCCUCCCCGGGGGCAGCUGCUUCGGGAGCUUCCAGUUCUGUCCGACUAAAGCUGAAGCGAGGAGAAGCGCGGCGAAGAUCGCCCUCAUGAACUCCGUCUUCAACGAGCAUCCGUCCCGCAGGAUCACAGACGAGUUCAUCGAGAAGAGCGUCUGCGAGGCCCUGGCCACCUUCAACGGAAACCGCGAAGAAGCCGAUAACCCCAACACCGGGAUAGGAGCCUUCCGCUUCAUGCUGGAGUCCAACAAGGGCAAGUCCAUGUUAGAAUUUCAGGAGCUGAUGACGGUCUUUCAGCUCUUGCACUGGAAUGGCAGCCUGAAGGCGAUGAGGGAACGUCAGUGCUCCCGCCAGGAAGUGUUGGCUCACUACUCUCAUCGGGCAUUGGAUGAUGACAUGAGGAACCAGAUGGCCAUGGACUGGGUGAACCGUGAACAGGACAGCCCCAGCAUCCUCACCAGAGAACUCGCGGCCACCGAGAGACAGCUGGAUGAGGCGCGGCUCGCCGGGAAGGAGCUACGCUACCACAAGGAGAAGAAGGAUAUCCUGAUGCUGGCAGCCGGGCAGUUGGGGAACAUCCACACCUCCAACUGCUAGGCCGGGGCUGCAGGCUCUGCCCCCUGUGAUUGGCAUUGGUAGGAAGGAGGCAGUGGGCAUCUACCGGAACUUACAGUGUACAAUGCUCUGGAUACCUCUCUGGCGCCACCUAGUGCACACAGAGCAGAAUAGAGGGUGAUACCCUGACCUGAAAUCUGCUGUUAGGACUGACACCCCCUCCCCUCCAAUAGUGCCAAAGAUAGAUGCUGUACAGUAAGUACGGUGCCCCCUUAAUGGUAACUGAACUCCCUAAGUUCCCAUGGGUGAAAUAGAAGAAAAUGCAGUCUUAUAGUAUUAGGGAUAUCUGUCGACUAUCCUCCGGCCAGUUCAGCGAGGGGUCCGUCCUGAUGACCGGUUCUUUGGACAGGACCUGCACACAGAUGCCCAGCGAGGUACCGGGAGCCGUACACUGUAACUUCUUCCUGAUACGGUAUUAACGGGAUGCGGAACAAGAGACGUGUGCUAAUGUUCAGGACUGCGACAGCCGUUGCGCUGAUUCUGCCCCCGUCUCUUCCCGCCGCUGUUGCACCUUUGCACAUGUUCUUUGUACACGCGCCUGUGAGUUAUACUCCGCGCUCCGUAUGUGUUGUACCUGUCUUUUAUAUAGUCUAUAUUUUGAUAGCUGCGUUGCGCCGCGAUUCUUGGCUCCGCCUCGACGCUCUACUGCAGCCUGUAAUAACGGGAACUGCCAGGAUUUUUUUUUUUUUUUUUUUACAUUCGUAGUUUUCUAAUUUUUUUACGUCUAGCGUUUUGUAACCAGGGGGUGAAUGUGGCGAGAGGAGGGAAACCUACCAAAAAAAAUAAAAAAAAUCCAUGUAGCAGCACAGGAAGUAAACUCUGUGGCCCAGCGGGGGCGGGGCCGAGCGCUGGAGAGCUCCUCCCAGGCUUAGGAGAAAUUAGCAUUGUGUUUUAUAAUACGGUUCCUGCAGUGAAGAGUGUGUAAUAUAAAAGGGGCAGAUGGCUAGCCUCGGAACCUACACAUUAGACAACCCCAAUUCCAAAAAUUUGGGGAGCAGCACCACAUAUCAAAAAAGUUUGGACACAGGCUGGAAAAGUAAGUGGUGCUGAUGACGAACAGGCGGAGGAGUGUUUUACAACUUGGUCACAUGCUUGGGUAUAUACACAGCCCCGUACCAGAGGCCGGCUGAUGAGCUGGACGGGCCUUCUCCUCUUUAGUCCUCAGGACGGAACGUCCUUGGUUUCCAAGGAGAAUUUUAAGUUUGGGUUCAUCUGACUCCAGAACCGUUUUCCAUUUUGCCUCAGUCCAUGCUAGAGACGACGGCAGUAUUUCGGGAUCCUGAUCACACGUGGCUUCUUCUGUGAAUGAUACGGUUUUUAACUUGCAUUUGUGGAUUGCCUGGCGAACUGUGUGCACAGGCAGGGAUGUCUGGAAGUGUUCCUGAGCCCGUGAUCGGGAAAGCCGCGUUUUAGCUCUGAUCUCUUUGAAGAAACCCAGUGUAUCACAGCUGUAGUUCUUAUGAUCAAUCCUAUUACACCAGCCGUACUGCUUGGUAGGGUUGAUCAUGCUGAUUAAAAUGUUACCUUUCUUUCGUCUGUAUGCUGAAUGGCUGCAGAAAUAUCAGCAUUUUUACUCAUAUGCAAAUGAGAAGAUUGGAGCACCAGAGGGUGGGAGCAGCGCUUUUGUAACAUCACUUGUGCUCUGCUCACUCCUCCUUCCCCCUUAACUUACAAGGCUAGACAUCAGCAUGCUGAGGGCAGAGCUGUGUCCUAGCACCUACAUAUCACAUACACCACUUACUGUAGCAUUAUCACAUUGAGAAGAGUGGAUUUCUAUACUUAGAAAGCUAAUACAAUGUAUGACUAUGAUGAAACCAGUAAUGUGUUAGCUUUCUAAGUAUAGCAAAACCAUCAUUCUCUGUGGUAAGGGGUCAGCCUUGCAUUUAGAGAUCCUAAGUUCAAAUCCCAGGUUAGACAUGUAUGUUUUUUGUUUUUUCUCUCUCUUAUUUAACUCAUAAUAAAAGGCUAUAGCCUUAAUAUAUUGUGUUUUUUGAAUACUUAGAAAUCUAAAACAUGGAUAAAACUGGAUUAAUCAUAGGCACAAUAUAUGAUUAUAAAGAAACCGGAAAUAUUUAUUAGAUUAUGGGGAAAAAAAACCAUUAUUCUCUAUAUCAGUGUUUCCCAACCAGUGUGCCUCCAGCUGUUGCAAAACUACAACUCCCAGCAUGCCCGCACAGCCUACAGGUAUCAGCCUACAGAAGGGCAUUGUGGGAGUAGUAGUUCUACAACAGCUGGAGGCACACUGAUUGGGAAACACUGCUCUAUAUGAUGAGGAUAAUGGCUUAUUAUAGGUUAAAUGAAAGCGGAAAAAAAACUCUAAAAAGUCUCUCCAAAAGAUUCAAACCUGGGAUCUGUACAGGCAAGGCUGACCACUUACCGCCAGGCUACAGACUUUUAUGCUGAAGACUGUGGUUUUUCUAUCCUUAGAAAGCUAACACACAUUACUGGUUUUAUUAUAAUCAUAUAUUGUGCCUGUAAAAACCAGUAAUGUGUAGAUUAGCUUUCUAAGCAUAGAAAUCCUCUCUUCUCAUGGUCAGGCUACUGUAAGUAGUGUAUCUGAUAUGUACAUGCUGGGUCACAGCUCUGCCCUCAGCAGGGAGCAAAAAAAUGAAAAUUUCUCCAGGGCCCAAGGAGUUGGGGGCCACUGAGCGGAGAGUCCAGCACUGACUGUUGGCCGUGUCCCAGCUUCUCUGGAUCUUUUGAUGAUCUGUACUGUAGGUGGGGGGAUGUUCACGGUGACGCUCCACCGUCUCUGCCUCUGGGAGUCUCUGCUCUUUAUGCGCAGUCAUGUGCCUUGUAAAUUGCUCCGCCGGCGUUUUUUUAUUUUCACCACUUGCUUUCCUUACCCCCCGUCUGACAUUUUUAGAGAAUUGGGGUUGUAGUUUCCACUGUGGGUUGGACGUCCCAUAAGCACAAAUCUGGGCAGAAGGCAGAGCAGCAGAUGUAUCCAAGGAUGACACUAGAAUGUAAUCCACCAAGCUCGAGGUGGCGGUAUACGACCUGCUCAGGUGCCAGUCAGGGGACUCCUCGGGGGUGGGGCUUGCUCUUCGCCUUCUGACUGACCAGUAAUCGCUCUGUAGUUGGGCUGUGAGGGGUCAGGCAGGUCCUCGGAUGACUUACCAGUAUAUGAAGCAAUAACUCCGCCCGCAGCGCCUCCUGUGACGUGAGAAUGAACACUACAGUAUUAUCAUGUAUACGUGACCUUUUUAUAUCUUUCUGUACUCUUUAUUACUACCUAUAACUAGGUCUCCACGACUGGUACCGGACCAAUACCCUGUGUUUUAUAUCCACACUCCGCAGUUCUUUAUAUGGCGGUAUACACAAAUAAAAACGGAUUUCCAAGAAA